AUGCCAUCUCGCCUCAACCUCCCCCCUCUCACCCGCGCCCUCUUCCUUGUCCUCCUCGCUCUCUCCGCCCUGAACGUCUCCCUUCGAUUCCGCAAAUGGACGACAGAAGACCCAUCUCGAGCACAACACAUAAUCGACUACGUUCGCGCGCCGCAGCUAGCGAUACCCUAUCUUGUCCUCAUCCCAACCAAGAGCAUCAGAUUCCCAUGGACGACAUUAACCGCAGCGUUAGUAGAGAACAACGGCGUUUCGCUCGCCAUCAGCGGACUGGUGAUAUGGUUCGGAGGCCGAUACCUUGAGAGAGCAUGGGGUAGCACGGAGUUUGCAAAGUUCCUGCUGUUCACGACGAUGAUACCGAAUAUUGUUACGUUUUUGGUGUAUGCGCUUUGGCAUGCCGUUACUUCUACACCGGAUCACCCCACUCCAAUACAAGGUCUGCUAGCCGUCGAAGCUGGCUUCCUUGUCGCUCUCAAACAGCUCGUCCCCGAGCACACAGUGUCUCUCUUCCGCGGCGCUCUGCGCUGCCGCGUCAAGCACUUCCCGGCCAUCUUCGUGCUGGCGAAUAUGCUCUCCGGGCCUCUGCUGGGCACCGAUACGGCUUUCUGGCUAUCUUUGUUCGGCUUUUUAGUGUCCUGGGUGUACCUGCGCUUCUUCAGGAUCAGCGAGAUCUCGACUUCAGCAACGAGCGGCGAAGGCGUGACGAUGAAAGGGGACGCGAGCGAUACGUUCGCUUUCGUGGCGUUCUUCCCGGACGUGAUGCAUCCCGUGCUGGCGCCGGUGUCCGAUGGGAUCUAUCAGGUAAUGGUGCAGCUGCGGCUGUGUACGCCUUUCUCUGACGAGGCUGUUGAGGCGGGCAAUGAAGGUGUUGCGGCAAGGAGCGAGACUCUACCGGGAAUCAUGGAGAGUGGGAGAGGUGGAGGAGGCAGAAGGGCUGAAGCAGAGAGGAGGAGAGCUUUGGCGCUGAAGGCGCUGGAUCAGAGACUGAAUGCGGCCGCUGCGAGUCGGAGUGCUAAUGUUUCGACGGCGAGCGCUGCGCCCAGUGCUGCUGGGGAUUCCGUGGAGACAGCCGCGGGGGCGGGAGCGGAGGACGGGGGUGGAGUGAAGGAAGCUCAGGCUUGA